UUUUUAGUAUACCAUAGAAGUUGAUUACUUCUAGCUCAUCUUUAUGAUGUUACUGAACCGAAGAAAAUGGCUAAGACCAGUAGGAUAUUGUUUAGAGCCGGAGAAAACAUUUAAAAACCUCGCAAUAUUUGGAACGCUGACACCUCCCUCAUAAUGCCAGUUUUCCAAACACUGAAACGCGUUCGCUCAUUUCUCCAGUCUUCAUUCAACUUUCAUAUCAGAACUCAAGACCUCAGUUAUUUUUGCUUAAAUUACUAAAAGUGCCUAAUGAAUACUGUAAUAAAGGUUGAUGUGCGGCCCUGUCAUCGUCAAUAUGCGGCUGACAUCCGAAAAACCGUAGAGGGAACUGAAACUGACUGCGUCUUGAUAUGUGGUGGAAUGAGGAUUAGUAUUCAUCAAAUGGUUCUUUCGAUUGCCACGGGAUUGCUCCAAAAACACUUUGGCAUACAACCCACCCUUGACGAAAUAGUAAUGAACGAGAGGUACUUGCCUUUAAUGGACAAGUUCUUGAACUUAAUAUAUUACGGACAAACUAGCUUCGCUGGGGAUCUUUUGCCACUAUUCCGACGCAUGAAUCACUCCAUUCAGUUGAAAUUAACCAUCAGCUACCUAACGAUCAUUGAUCCCGAAUCAAAUCCGUGGGCCUCCAAUGAGUCACCUAUGGGCAAGCAAUACCCUUAUCCCCCAAUUCCAGGACAAGAAAAUGAGGCUGCAAAAUCUGUCUCUAAUGAUGUUGCGCAAGUCUUGGCCAAUCGUCCCGCUUUAGCUCCCCUCGAUAUUAAUCAAGGCUGUGCGGUGAGAUCUCGGGGCCUUGAAAGUGUGGCCACAAGUGUGGUCCCCACUAUGGUCUCCAGAGUGAUCUCCAGUAUGGCCUCGAGUGUGACCUCGAGUGCGAUCCCCAGUGUGACCUCAAGUUUGGCCUCGAGUGUGGCCUCGAGUGCGAUCCCCAGUGUGACCUCAAGUUUGGCCUCGAGUGUGACCUCAAGUUUGGCCUCGAGUGUGGUCCCAAGUGUGGAUCCAAAUGAGGUCCCAAGUGUGGAUCCAAAUGAGGUCCCAAGUGUGGAUCCAAAUGAGGUCCCAAGUGUGGAUCCAAAUGAGGUCCCAGGUGUGGAUCCAAAUGAGCUCCCAAGUGUGGAUCCAAAUGAGCUCCCAAGUGUGGAUCCAAAUGAGGUCCCAAAUGUGGUCCCAAAUGUGGUCCCAAAUGUGGUCCCAAAUAUGGUCCCAAAUGUGGCUCCCCGGGUUGUUCCAAGUGUGAAUGGAAAUUAUUUCAUUUCAUUGGAUAUUGGCAAUAUGUUUGAGCAAUAUGUAUAUGAUGCAAUUCUGUCGAACGAAUUGAUAGAAAUGCGCUUUUAUGCUCAAAUUCAAAUGACUUACGACAGCAAUUACUUGAAUGAGAUUCUGACGGUUCUCUUGGAAGGGCUUUGA